GAGUCCUCUCCAAUGUUACUCCACCUUCUUAAAAAAGUCGGAUGCUGAAAUUGAAUUGCUCAUAGUUUUCGUUUUCUUCCUUUUUCUUGACCGAUAAACAGUGACUUCGAGAGAACAAAGAUUGAAGGUGAGACAAGGGUUUUUUGAUCUUUGAGAAAGGGAUUAGUAGCAGUGUUAUUCUUUCUUUUUUGGUCAUGGAAGAUGAGAAAUCGACGGUCAUGAUGGCGAGUAGAGAUCGAGAGCUUCUGAUCCCAGUCGCUGAUUCCGUCCAUGAUGAUUCCCCUAAACCGUCUUCUUCCUCUUCCCCGCGUCAUGCCGGCCGCGAGACCUUUUACAAAGUUGUUAGGAGUUGGGCUUCUAAGAAGUUCAUGACAGGAUGCGUCAUUCUGUUUCCUAUAGCGGUCACGUUCUAUAUAACAUGGUGGUUUAUUCACUUUGUGGAUGGCUUUUUCUCUCCAAUUUAUGUUCAACUUGGAAUUGAUAUAUUUGGUCUUGGAUUUAUAACUUCUAUAACGUUCAUCUUCUUGAUCGGGGUAUUCAUGUCAUCCUGGUUGGGAGCAUCUGUCCUGAGCCUUGGUGAGUGGUUUAUCAAGCGGAUGCCAUUUGUUCGACAUAUCUACAAUGCUUCCAAGCAAAUUAGUUCUGCCAUAUCUCCAGAUCAGAACACACAGGCCUUCAAGGAAGUAGCCAUCAUAAGGCAUCCACGUAUUGGUGAAUAUGCAUUCGGGUUCAUCACUUCAUCUGUUACUCUGCAGAGCUACUCUGGUGAAGAAGAUUUAUGUUGUGUCUAUGUUCCCACGAAUCAUCUUUAUAUUGGUGAUAUAUUCCUUAUCAAUACCAAGGAUGUUUUAAGACCAAAUUUAUCAGUCCGCGAAGGAAUCGAAAUCGUUGUGUCUGGAGGGAUGUCCAUGCCCCAGAUCCUGUCAACACUAGACACACUUUUGCCACUGGAAAGAAGUAGAUCCGAUGGAAGAUGAGGUUUAAAGCAGCAGUUGUAGAGUUUGUAUUUCUUCUUGUUUCAGAUUCAAAUCAUCGGAGCACCUGCACAAUCAACGUGUUGGUAAUACAGGAUCCGAUUUUAGAUUAUGUUAGAUGUGUAUCUGAUUCCGGUGGCACA